GAAGCGGAGGUGCCGGCAGCGCCGUUGCUGCCGUUUAGGGCUGUUGGGCCUGCGGCGGGAGGCGAGGCGGGCAGGACCGGGCAGGGCAGGGUCUGUCGCCCCUUCUGGCCCUUCGUGCCUUGUCCUCGGUGGGGCCUUCCUGCUUGUCCCCGCCAUGCAUCCCGUUUUCCAGAGCAGCCGGCGCGACUUCUCCUUCGGGCCGUGGAAGCUGAGCGCCGCCCGGACGCACAUCAUGAAGUCGGCUCAGGCCGAGAGAUUGGCUGAUGAGUUACACAUGCCUUCCCUGCCAGAGAUGAUGUUUGGAGACAAUAUCCUAAGAAUACAGCAUGACCAUGGUUUUGGAAUUGAGUUCAAUGCAACAGAUGCUUUAAAAUGUGUCAAUAAUUGUCAAGGUAUGAUCAAAGUGGCUUGUGCAGAGGAGUGGCAAGAGAGCAGGAGCGAGACUGAGCACACUAAGGAAGUUGUCAAGCCAUAUGAUUGGACUUACACAACAGACUACAAAGGAACAUUACUGGGAGAUACUGCAACAUUAAAGGUUGUUCCUACAACAGAACACAUAAAUACAGAAAAAUUGAAAGCCAGGGAACAAAUUAUGUUUUUUGAAGAAGUACUUCUGUUUGAAGACGAACUUCAUGAUCAUGGUGUAUCAAGUCUGAGCGUUAAAAUAAGAGUUAUGCCUUCCAGCUUUUUUGUGCUGUUAAGGUUUUUCUUGCGAGUUGAUGGGGUACUUAUCAGGAUGAAUGAUACAAGGCUUCAUCAUGAGGCUGACAAGGAUUACAUGUUGCGAGAAUAUACAUCCAGAGAAAGCAAAAUAUCAAGUUUAAAGCACGUUCCUCCUUCCCUGUUCACGGAACCUAACGAGAUCUCUCAGUAUCUACCCAUAACGGAGACAAUCCGUGAAAAACUAGAAUUUCCAGAGAAGCUGGAGCCUAAACCAGAAGCAUCACUGGAAACCAUGUGUGUUAAAUCUAAAUAAAUGUGACUUUAUAUGGACUUGAAGUAAACUGAAGACAAUGUGAUCAGGUAACAAUUGCCAUGGAGGUUGGUUUCACUACUAGUGGAAUAAAGAAUUUGGCUAAUUUUUCCAUAGCCCUGAGGGAAAACAUUUCAGGCAGGUUUUGCUAAUGGUGGGUUUGUCUGUUUCUUUGUUUUGUUUUGUUUUUUAAAACCUGUAUCUGGAGUUAGUGACAGACUGAUUGUGAGUUACAGGCUUCAGUGGUAUUGGAGAAACAUUCUCAUGAUUGAGAGUCUGAGUUCUGUUUAGUUUACCAGUUAGGCAGGAGUAUUGUCUGGACCCUCCACCACAAAAACUUCUAGGAAGAUUUUGUUAUUGCUGCUUCAGAUACUACGAGAUUAUGAGACUCCUAAGAUUGGCAUGACAUUAUUGAGAACUCAUCCACAGGGAAAAAAAAAUUUAAAAAUUGUUCUCUGCGUUUGCUUCGAGCUGUCAGCCCUAAACUACACAUUUUGCUUGGCUUCCCCUCUUGUGAGCUGAUAACCAAAUAAGUGACUUUUUGUAUUCUCUGAUCCAGACUUAAACGUAAGAAUAUUCAUCUCAUAUGAGGAUAGGUUUAUGGAGAUAAAAAUUGCAUUUGUUUGACACUAUUUAAAGGUAAAACUACCUUCUUUGUGAAGCACUAACUCCAGAGCGGGAGAAAAGCUGGAGGUUAACAGAGACAUACACUGGUAAAUCUUGUAACAAAUAUUAGAAGAUUUCUCUAGGCAGUCCUAGAGAGUCACUUACUGUGCUGGAAACUCAUUGUAAUGCAGUGACCUUCUGUUGGACCUAUUGGAUGCCCACUACCCGCCUAUGGUAGUUAUACUGCCCUGGCAGUAGAAUUGCUGAAUGACUUAAGGCUGGGGAAGAGAGAGGAGUGUUUAAUCGCUAAAGGGUUUUGUUGUUUGCAGUUUGAGAAACAAGUUCCUGUAUUGUCUUAAAAGGAUGCUAACAUGUAUUCCAGAUGCGUCAUUUUGGUUUAUUUUUAAAAUUCUUAAAGUUCUAUUAUUAAUAGAAGUGUGAUCACAUGUAUAGUCAUGAUUUUAACUCAACACUUUGUACGUUAAACUUUAAGUAUUUGUAUUGCUUUUGGAAAUUCUAAAUUACAUUAAUGGUUUGGCUUAAGAAUGGGGGAGCUAAACAGACUUGUCUACAUUUACUGCUGACGCUCAAUGAAAUGCAAGAAGCAAAUGCCUAGCAAAAAGCAGGCGUUGUGGUUUAAGAUGGUGACAGAUAAGAACAUGUACACAUUCUGAUAUCUUGGAGUUUUUGUUUAAAAAUCUUUAUAUUCUACACUUAAUAAAAACAACCCACAUCAAAAGCUGGUAUUUAACCAGCUCGUUUGAGAAACAGUUUUCACUUAGAGACAUCCCUGAGGUUUUUAGAAAAAACUCUACUGCCAUCUAAGUGACUUUUCUUAGUAAAAACAAACAGCACGCUUUGUUUCACUUUUAUCUGAGGCAGCCUGGUCUAAUGACUUGAUUCUAAGGUCGAAAGGCAGGACCUGACUGCAGUUUUUCCUGUGUCACUGAUUUGCUCUAACCAUGAGGAAGUCACUUCUCUGUGCCUCAGUUUCCUGUAUUUAAAAAUGAGUUAAUACAUGCCUAGCUCAUUGGGGGUCUGUGAGGAUUAUUUUGUAAAAAGCUACUGAUUAGAAUAUUAUUAUUUUUCCUGAAUACACCUUCAGCCUUAUCUUUGGAAGCCUUUGGAAAGAAUUACUGUACAAAAUCUUACAGGGUGAAAUGAGUGAAUGAACUGAAAUGAACCAGUAUCUGAAAUAAAUUAUUAUCAGCUGGACAUGAUCUGUGUGAGGGAAUUUACAGCCACUUUGAAAUAGAGGAGAGGUCCUCUAUAUUCCCCUUUAGACUCCUAAAUUCUGUUGUUUUUUUUCAUCUUCCUGCACUUAUUUCCUAAAGAUUUUAGUGUCAGGAUAAAGAAAGCCUUGGCUGCAAAUGAACACAGCCUGGAAGUGAUGGAAAUUUAUUUGGUAAUAUAAGAUUCUUUAGGUCCACUCCAGUGAUAGAGGGAGAUGGGGAGAGAGUGAAAAGGGAACAACAAAUGGGGGUGAAGAGGUAUUUUGCUGGUAGAAGUAAAUCAUGGCGCUGAUUUACUCAAAGCAUCUAUUAUUUUACAUGCCCCAAAGGCUUAUAAAAACACACUUUAAAGCUGGUGAUGACUGGGAAGAGAGCUGAUGUAGUGCUAGCAUGAAGGAAACUCCGUCUGCAUUUGUUAAUUAAAAUUGUGUUUUGGAUUUAGUCAGUGAUGCUCAUGUUAAGCUCCAUUGGGCUAAAGUAUCAGAGUGGGGGGGACCCACAGAAUCAACACCCAGCACUGAAAAGGGUGCUCUGCAUGUUUAGCUUAUACUGUGUAUUUUAUCUUGUACAUCAUGCAUACCAAUUUGUGACCUGUUGAUAGAGUUGUUUUGGAUGGACUUGAAUCCUGACUUGUAUGUGUUACCCAUCUGGUAUGGGUGCUGUGCACUGAAGUGGAACACACAUGUUGGGGAAAUAACAAGAACACGUUUAGGAAGUUACAGUUAUUUUACAAAGUAAAACUUGGAGCACUUUGUGACUCUCUUACACCACACAGAAUAUCAAGAAGCAGCAGUGUAACCUCGUGUACCACAAACUGUUAAAAAUUUUCCACAGAAAAGUAGCACUUUGAAUGCAUAAUUUUUAGGGGGAGGGAGCGGGGGUGAUGAUUCUCCAGCUGUUUCGUGGCAAGUUUAACAUGUGGCAGUUUAUAUUAUUUCUUGUAUGUCACUAAAUAAAAUGUACCAAACGUUUUACAGUUCUGUUUUUAUCUGAGCAAAAUAAACUGAAGUAACUACUGAA